AUGUUUGCUGCCCGAAUCUUCAAGGCAAUGCCCGCCAGGGCCUCUGCCUUCCCUUCCGUGAACGCUUCUAUCCAGUCUCGGUUCAUGGCCACUGUGCGCAACGGUCGCGUUGCCCACGAGCGUGCCACCUUCACGAUCCGAGAUGGUCCUAUCUUCCACGGGAAGUCGUUCGGAGCUCGCUCUAACAUCUCCGGCGAGGCCGUCUUCACGACUUCCUUGGUUGGAUACCCUGAGUCCUUGACUGACCCUUCCUACCGUGGUCAGAUCCUGGUCUUCACCCAGCCCCUGAUUGGCAACUACGGUGUCCCCUCCACUGAGAAGGACCAGCACGGCCUUCUCAAGUACUUUGAGUCUCCUCACCUCCAGGCUGCUGGUGUGGUGGUUGCCGAUGUGGCCGAGCAGUACAGCCACUGGACCGCCGUCCAGAGCCUUGGCGAGUGGUGUGCCCGUGAGGGUGUCCCUGCCAUCUCCGGCGUUGACACUCGUGCCAUUGUCACCUACCUGCGUGAGCAGGGUUCCUCUCUGGCCCGUAUCACUGUUGGUGAGGAGUACGACGCCGACCAGGAUGAGGCCUUCGUGGACCCUGAGCAGAUCCACCUUGUCCGUCAGGUCAGCACCAAGGCCCCAUUCCACGUGAGUGCCGCCGAUCCUCAGUGCCACGUUGCCGUCCUCGACUGUGGUGUCAAGGAGAACAUUCUCCGUAGCUUGGUCAGCCGUGGAGCCAGUAUCACUGUGUUCCCCUUCGACUACCCCAUCCACAAGGUUGCCCACCACUUUGAUGGUGUCUUCAUCUCCAACGGCCCUGGUGACCCCACCCACUGCCAGGAGACUGCUUACCACCUGCGCCGCUUGAUGGAGACCUCCCAGGUGCCUAUCUUCGGUAUUUGCUUGGGACACCAGCUGUUGGCCCUUGCUAUUGGUGCUCGUACCGUCAAGCUGAAGUAUGGUAACCGUGCCCACAACAUUCCCGCUCUGGACAUGAGCACUGGUCGUUGCCAUAUCACUAGCCAGAACCACGGUUAUGCCGUUGAUGCUUCGACUUUGCCGUCCGACUGGAAGCCCUACUUUGUGAACUUGAACGACUCGAGCAAUGAGGGUAUGAUCCACAAAACCCGUCCUAUCUUCAGCACUCAGUUCCACCCCGAGGCCAAGGGCGGCCCGCUCGACUCCUCCUACCUGUUCGACAUCUACCUUGAUAGCGUGCGCAAGUACAAGGCUAGCCAGUCGGCUUUCCACCCCACUCGGGAUAGCCUGCCUAGCCCUCUCUUGGUCGAUCUCCUUGCUAAGGAGCGUGUUGGCGUCCAGCCACUAUUGGCAUGCAGAACGUAG